AUGGCCGAAAACGCCCAAGCGUCGACGCCCGCCUCUCUGCCUCCAGCUUCUCAGCCCGUCGUGGGAAAUUCACAGUACGAUGCUGCUCAAGGCAACGGCCAGGGCAACCCCUCCCACAUGCCCCCGCCCCCGCGCCCCCCUGUGAUCAUUCCCCAGAAUAACAACCCGAUUCCGACGGCUAUCACCUCGCCCAUGUCAGGGGGCGCCAUGUUGUCCCCCACCAGCGCCGGAGGAUAUGUCCGCCGAGCGGCUCCAGAGCCCAACAAGAGAGCUCUCUACGUUGGAGGACUGGAUCCUAGAGUGACUGAGGACAUCCUCAAGCAGAUUUUCGAGACCAGCGGCCACGUGCUCAGUGUGAAGAUCAUCCCUGACAAGAAUGGACAGUUCACUACCAAGGGCCACAACUAUGGUUUCGUUGAGUUUGAUGACCCCGGUGCCGCUGAGAGGGCCAUGCAAACUCUCAACGGCCGUCGGAUUCACCAAUCGGAAAUCCGUGUCAACUGGGCUUACCAGUCCAACAACACCAACAAGGAGGAUACUUCCAACCACUUCCACAUCUUCGUUGGUGACUUGAGCAAUGAGGUUAAUGACGAGGUGCUGACCCAAGCAUUCUCGGCUUUUGGUUCAGUCUCAGAAGCACGUGUUAUGUGGGAUAUGAAGACCGGUCGCUCCCGUGGAUAUGGCUUCGUCGCUUUCCGCGAUCGCGCCGAAGCAGACAAGGCGCUCAACUCGAUGGAUGGUGAAUGGCUCGGCUCUCGUGCUAUCCGUUGCAACUGGGCCAACCAGAAGGGACAACCUUCGAUCUCCCAGCAGCAGGCCCUGGUCGCCAUGGGAAUGACUCCCACCACCCCAUUCGGCCACCACCACUUCCCCACUCACGGCAUCCAGAGCUACGACAUGGUCGCCCAGCAGACUCCCCAGUGGCAGACUACUUGCUAUGUCGGCAACCUCACACCUUACACCACCCAGAAUGAUCUGGUCCCCUUGUUCCAGAACUUUGGUUACGUCCUAGAGACUCGCCUUCAAGCUGAUCGUGGCUUCGCCUUCGUGAAGAUGGAUUCUCACGAGAAUGCCGCUUCCUCAAUCUGCCAGCUGAACGGCUACCAAGUCAACGGCCGUCCUUUGAAGUGCAGCUGGGGCAAGGAUCGCCCUCCUACCGGUCAAUUUGACAACUUCGCUGCGCCCCAGGGAAAUGCUGCCGCUUUUGGUAACGGCCCGGCAGGCUUCUUCCCCCAAUACGGUGGCGCAGCCAACCCCAUGAACCAAGGUCCUGCCCCUGCUGGUCGAGGCUGGGAUCAACAAGCAAACAACUUCAACGGAGCUGCCAUGGCCGGUCAAGCCUACGCCCAGGCAGGUAACGCUGGAGGCUAUGGCCGUGGUCAGCCUAUGUCCCCGUCCGGCAACUGGGACCAGUCCAACAACUUCAACGGAGGCUACCAGGCGUAG